AUGGAUCUUUCAAAGACGCUUAUCCGAACAGUGGCGCGGGCCUUUUACGAGACCCGUCACAUAUUGAUUGUCGAUGCGCUUUUCUUACAUUCAGUCCUUCACGCUGAGGAUCUCGCCUUCUUAAUGGGCAUGCAACAAAAGGACCUCCGCAAGCUUUGCGCCAGGCUUCGAGAGGACCGCAUGAUAGGAGUGAGCACACGCGCCGAGAUACGUGAUGGCUCUACUCGCCCAGUCAACCGCGAAUACUAUUACAUCCCCCUGCAUCCGGUCGUCGACGCGAUUAAAUACAAAGUCUCCAAGUUGACAGCCACCAUUAAAGCGCAGUACACACCGAGUGAGGAGCGCAAGGAAUACAUUUGCGUACGAUGCAAAUCCGAGUGGACCGAACUGGACGUACUGAGUCUGGUUGGAGACGAAGGGUUCGAAUGUCAAAAUUGCGGCGCCAUCCUGGAACGGACCGAGGAUGUCAAGGGUGUUGAAGGAAUUGAGCGUACAGGUCACGAGAAAAACAGUAAACUCAUGGCACAGCUUGACAACAUGCUCAAACUGCUCAAGCAGAUUGACUCGGUCGAAAUCCCGCCGAAUGACUUUGAGACAGCGUGGGAUCACAAGGUGGAGGUUAUUCGGAACCAGAACACACACCCGGUCCGUGCCGCGAUUGCUGUUCCACCCAAGGCCCAGGACAUCACACGUCCCAACGCCAAGACGGAUGCUGCUGCACUGGAGAUCUCUCUCACCUCAAGUGAAGAGAAGAGUGCCGCCGAGCAGGCCGAGGAAGCCGCUCGUAAAGCAGCACUUGAAAAGCAAAACGCGCUUCCAGUUUGGCACACACAUUCUACGGUCAAUGCAGCACAGGCUGGCACUUCUCAGACCAAGACCGAGAUGGGCACCGUGGUGAAGCCUGAGCUUGCGGAUGAGGAUCAGAAACCCAGCGUGGAUGCCUUGGACGACAAAGUCGCCGCUUACUACGCUGAAAUGGAGCGGGAGAAGGCGCUACAGGCACAAGCAGAUGCUAGCAGUGCAGACGAUGACUCAGACGAGGAAGACUUUGAGGAUGUUGAGGGAAUCUCCGGUCCAAGCGGACCAGGUACGCCCGCCAUGGCUGGCGGCAUUACUAGUGUCCCUACCACAUCUUUUGGUGGCGCUGGAAUCAAGCGUGAACUCGAACCGACCUCUAGUGCCCCUCAAUCAUCAGUUGGGACUCCGUCUACCCCUGCUGACGAUGGACCUGCUGCAAAGAAAAUCAAGGCCGACCCUGAUAUCAAGCCUGAUCCUGAUGCCAAAAUCGAGGCCGAAGUCAAGAAGGAGGCCGAGGAAUCCGAUGAGGACGAUGAGGAAUUUGAAGAUGUUUAA